CGGGCUUGCCCGGGCGUGUAGCGGCUGCCGGCUCCCUGGACGCCACGUGCUGGCGUGAGGGGACUCGUGGGGCUUUCAGGCUGCUGCCCUGUUGGCAGAUCACCUCCCAGGCCUCCCUGGCCCUGAGUGGUGCACAGAUGCGGAUGGUACCCCAGGAAGCUCCUGAGUCAGUGCAGUGCCUGAGCCCUUCCCUGGCCAGCCGGAAUGCCAAGGAUGUGCUUCGGAGGAAGCACAAGAGGAAGAGCCGACAGCACCAGCGCUUCAUGGCCCGGAAGGCCUUGCUGCUGGAGCAGGGGCUGCUGAGCCCACUCCGGGAGCCAGGACCCUCCCCUCUGCCUAUGCUGCCCGGGGCCCCGCCAGGCACAGAAGUGGCCGGCAGUGCCAGGCAGCGUCCGCGGGCUGAAUCUGAAGGUGCUGGGUGCAACAGAAAGCCAGCCCCCAGGGACUCUGCCGGCCCCUUGCCCAGCAAGUGCGUGGCCAUUGACUGCGAGAUGGUGGGCACGGGACCCCGAGGGCGGGUGAGCGAGCUGGCCCGCUGCUCCGUGGUGAGUUACUACGGCGAGGUCCUCUACGACAAGUACGUCCGGCCUGAGAUGCCAGUCGUGGACUACCGCACGCGCUGGAGCGGCAUCACCCGGCAGCACAUGCGCAAAGCCAUCCCCUUCCAGGUGGCCCAGAAAGAGAUCCUCAAGCUCCUGAAGGGCAAGGUGGUGGUGGGCCACGCCCUGCACAACGAUUUCCAGGCCCUCAAGUACAUCCACCCUCGGGGCCAGACCCGGGAUACCACUUCCGUCCCCAGCCUCCUCAGCCAGCCAGGGCUCCACGUCCGGAAUCGUGUCUCUCUGAAAGACCUGGCCCUGCAGCUGCUGCACAAGAAGAUCCAGGUGGGCCAGCACGGGCACUCGUCCGUAGAAGACGCCAUGACCGCCAUGGAGCUCUACCGGCUGGUGGAGGUGCAGUGGGAGCAGCAGGCGGCCAGCAGCCUCCGGGCGCCCCCUGAGGACAGAGAGCCCGACAGCAGCACGGACGUGGAGCAGUACAUGCAGGACCAGUACUGGCCGGAGGACCCGGCCCAGGGCGCCAGCGGAGACGCGGGGGAGGUGCCGGGCCGGAGGGAGUGAGGGUGGAGAAGCUCCCCUGGGGAGCGGGGACCAGGAGAGCGCCUGGGGCAGGACGCUUGGCUGCCCCCGCAGUCUGAAGAGUCGGGACCACCUGCCCACAGCACAGCCCUCCCCUCUCCAGGGCUGUCAGCCCUUCCUCCCCAACUCCUGUGGUUUUGCUAAUGGCACUUUAUAGACACCCAUGAAAAUGGCAGGUGGGCUAGAACCCAGCAGAAGUAGGGAAUGCACCGACAGAUGACAUCAGGCCACUCCCACCCUCAUGGUGUGCUCUCUAAAGGGAUCAGGUCUCCCUCCUUGGGUGUGGUGGGUAGGGGUGUCAAUAUUCCAGAGUUCCCUUAUCUCCACCCAGUGACCUGGGGCAAAGUGUUCUUCCUGUUGUCACCAGCUACCUCUUCCUCCAGAGUCACUUUCUAGAAAAUAAACAUGCCCUUAGGCUAUACAGUUAAGGACGGUAAAGCAAUGUCUGCAGUGCAGGAGACCCGGGUUUGAUCCCUGGUUUGGGAAGAUCCCCUGGAGAAAGAAAUGGCAGCCCACUCCAGUAUCCUUGCCUGGAAAAUCCCACGGACAGCGGAGCCUGGUAGGCUACCGUCCAUGGGGUCACAAAGUGUCGAACACGACUGAGCGACUUCACUUUCUAGGCCAUUUUGUCCCUUUCUGAACUGGAACUCUGGCAGCAAUGGAACAACAGAGACCUCAGAUCACGGGGAGCUGGGUCCUCACCUGCUUGCGGGCAGGAGUCACCGGGUGCUCUUCUGGGAGGAGGGAAGGCAGAUAAGCUCUGGGUGGAGGCUGGCAUGUGUAUCUUGACCCAAGGCAGGCAUUCCUCCUGCCCACCCAGCACUAGAUCCUGAAGCAGAAGUCUGAGAAACAGUAGAGCGGUUUAAACUCUGGGGCCCCUCAGCAGAAUUGCCCACUGGGGUCUUUCUUUAUUGAGAGCAAGACCACAGGUCUCCAGGGGUGCAGAGGGCAGGUCUGCCAGGGUUAGACUGGGCAUUGACCGCUGUGUAGUGCCUGCACUUGGGUGGGUGCCCCCAGCCACUUGUGGUUGGGUGAGUGGGUGGGUUUUCUCUAAAUUACUAAAAACGUUCUCUGUCAGGAUUCAUCCCCCACCCCUCUGUCCUUUUUCCCUAAGGACCAGUUUUGUGGUAUUGGAGUACCUGAGAGCUCAAGUCACACAGAAACUCUGAGCCCCAUCUUAGCUCACUACUUAAUAGCUUUGAGACCUAGGCAAGUGUGUGACUUCACCUAAGUCUGAUUCCUCAUCUGUAAAAUGGGAAUAAGGGUACCACCUACCUCACAGGGUUGUUAGGCUCUGUGAGCUGUGUUUUCUUUUUUUUUUUUUUUUGAGCUGUUUUUUCUUUAAGGAUUAGUGUUAGGUUCUUCCAAGUAACACCUGAACACACCCUGGGGCCAUUUGAGGGCUUUGGCCCCAAAUAUUUCCAGCCUUAACAGUAAACAAAGGAAGUCACAGUCACCAGCAAUUGCAGAUUGCAGCCCUUAAACAGUGAACUGGUGAACCCUGAGGAAACUCGGCUGAAAAGAAUACCUGUCAUCUAGCAGUCAUCGGACUAGCCACUCCCUGCAGCAGAGCCCUGAGAACACUCAGGAUGUGACGCUCAGGAUACCGGCCCCAGAGAGCUGAGGCGCAAAUCAAAGGAGUGAUUUCAGCUUGAACCCAGACUCUCGCAUCUUCCCAUGCAUAGAAAAGCACUAAACUCAACCCGAGAUUUCUGGUUUUAAGUAGCAUCGUAUUUUGAUGUUUGGACCACUUGCCCUAUGUUUCAAAACUCCUAUAUAGCCUGACUCCACUCCUCGCCUGCUCAGAUCAGAGCUCUGAAAUGCUGCCUCCUGGGCUGCAGUCCUCAUUUUGCACCCAAAUAAAACUUAACAUCUCUCACGCUGUGCAUUUUUUGCCCAGACAGGACUUGUUCUUGUGGCUAUUCCAGUAGGUGGGGCACGGGCCACCGAGCACAGCUCACUCUUCCCUGUGCUGCUGUAUCAAUCUGAGCAAAGCAGCAGGGCCAGGGAGUGAGAGACACUCCUGAAAACAUAACAGCAAACGCAGGGCCGCAGACUGUUCUGGGUGCUGGCUGAGUCACUGACCAGCUGCUGAUCAGCUUCCAAGACUUUGUUCUAGGCUCCCGAAAAGCCUAGCGGAUGCCACACUCACAGCUGAGCAGUUGCUUAAGGGCUUUGGGCUUUCGGCUGAGGGAUGGAGCAGUUCGCAUGUGGAGAUGUACUGGGUUUAAAAUCAGCUUUGUAAAACCGUUCUGGAAUAAAACUCAACUGGAAAAAUGGGUGAAAUGGCCUUCUGAAUCCUCCAGCCGAGGUGGGAGGGGGCUUGGUGGAGGGGUUGUGGGACCUCAGGGCACCGAGUCUUGCUGGGUGCUUUGGCCUUUGAGGUGGGUGGCUUUUAAGAUGGUGCUUUGGAAUGUGGCAGGAAAAUAUUAGAGCUACAGAAUUUAUGUAG